UUGCGGGUUGUUCGACAGCGAUCAAGUCAGAGAGGCAGUGACGGGCAGUGACAAGCAGACGGUGGUCGCAGGGUGCUGUGUUUCUUCAGCCGGGUGGUGGACUGGUGUGAACUUUGAAUGCAGAUAAUUUUUUGCUUAAAUUACUGCCAAGUUGUGUGAACAGACGGUGCAAUUGUUGUGCAGUGUGUGUUGUGUAUAGCGGUUGUAAUAUAACGUGUGCGGUUAGUCACAAUGAAUCGCAAGUAUCUAUAUAUCGUGUGCGUUCUUCUUUGGGGAGCGUGUGGAUAUGUGAGUAGUGAUAUUGCAUCGGAAACUCCCAGUAUUCAAGACAUCCAGCAACAGCUAGGCGAAAAUUUACCAGAUGGACUUCAAAACCUGCCAAUUAAUGCCUCAAACGUACCAUCAGAGGAAGAAGCUAAGGAAUUACUCAAAAAUAAAUGCGAACGGUUAGGAGGCGCAGGUGCUUAUGAAAGAGUGGAGACCGCUCAAGAGGAUUUCAAGUCAUGUGUAAUGUCCCUUGUUAAUGUAACUGAACUACAACAAGAAAUGGAAGAAGCCAAACCUACUGGAGACUUGGAUACCGUAUUUCGGAAGUAUUGCCGAAAGUCUCCAAUCUUCACAGACUGCAUUAAUAACUUCACUGCUACGUUAGACCCGUGCUUGGAGGAACGUGAGAAAGAAAGUAAAAAAAUAGUACAAAACAUCACAGAGUCACUUCUUGGCUUCCUUUGUUUCAAGGAAGGUGAUAGAAUUGCAUUAUUCAUUGCUGAGGGAGGACCAGAAUGUCUUCAGUCUAAACAGGAAGAAAUUCAGCAUUGUGCAAAUACCACUGUGGGCAAAUACAUGCCUGCCACUGAGGGUACUGGUGGACCUCUUUCCCAGAUACCACUUCUUGUGUUGGAUGAGAAGGAAUGCCAGUCUAUCCAGCAGUUCCAAGAGUGUAUGGUUUCAUCUCUGGAAAAAUGUUCUGAACCUACACCUGCAAAUAUUGUGGAGAGUUUAUUUAAUUUCGUUGUGAAGAUGACACCUUGUCAAAAUAUGAAAGCAUAUUCUUCUGAACCAUCUGUUAGAACAAGUGCAGCUUCCACAGUGUGGAGGAUGCCUGAACUGUUUUUCACCAGUGUCCUUUUACUUGCAAGAUUUGUUGCGUAAUAUUUAUUUCACAUCAUUUUGUCGGUACAGCAUGGUGAUAGUAUUGAACCUUGGAAAUUGAUGGACAGUUAUUUUUUUGAUCUAAUUUUUUGAAGGAAAGUAAUUUUUCCUUGUUAUAUUGAACACGUAAGUUGGAGUGAUCAAAACAAUGUGAAAAAUCAAUACUAUGUAUCCAAUGGCUGAAUUAUUUUCUCCCGAGAUUUGCCAAAGUUAAUUGUUUUUAUGUAUUUGUUUGAAAAUCAUGUGUGCUGCUUGUUUGUAUUGAACUUCAAAUUAUUCUGUACAAAUUAAUGUAAAUAAUGAUUGGGAAAUUUUGUACUGCAUCAGUUAUGGAAUAAUUCUGAGAAGUACAAGAAGGAAUGUCUUUUAUGUACAUAUUAUUGAGAAUACAGACCUAAAGAAUUGUCUUUCAGAAAUUGCUAAUAUGCUUGGGAUUCUAUCAAUGCAACAACUGUUUUGUGUAUUUAGUUUUCAUUGUGGGAUGAUGUGAGAUUGUGUUGGUGGGUGUUCAGUUGAGUUGAAGGACUGAAGUGAGAAAUUAUUGCUUACACAUGUGUGUAAAAAGUGCAUUUGGUUUGGUGUGGAUUUGCUUGGUGUAGUUUGGUUGGAAUGAUAUUUUCACAAAGACUUCCAUUUGCUCUUGAUAGGAAUCUUUAAGGUUAAGAAUACUGGAUGGUUAAGUAUGUUAAGUUAGUAAAGUAAUAUAUUAAAUGUUGAUAUAAGAUUUUUUGUUAUUAAUUAAAUUUGUUAUAUGUGCAUCCAUUUGGUUAUAAUUUAAUUUACAUAUUUUUGGUCUUUGCAUAUCUCAUUGUGUGUGCUCAAACACAUUAUUUGUGUGUAAAAUACACCUUUUCAUAGCAAAGGUUAAUUCUGGCGAGGAAAUUUGUGGAAGUGGGUUAAUUUACAAAGAGAAUUGUAGCAUCUUUGAGAUGUAUCCAUUACAAAGUAAAGUAGGGAAAUGUUCUUUCUAAUGUUCAAUUAUUACAAAUUGAAUCUUAACUUGAAACUUGACUUAUUUCGUUCUUAUUUUUAAAUAGAAACUUGAUGAAUAUCUCAUAAACAAUAAAACUAGAUUAGUUCAUAGUAUUGUGGGAUUCAAAGGGGAGUGGUCAAGGAAUGCCAUGAUCUCCCUGAAAAAUUUGAGGGACCCGUACCUUGCAUAAUAAAAACAUUUUAUUUCCUUCAGUAUGUUUAAAUCUGAUUUCCUCAGUUUUUAACCUGAAAAUUUGGGGAAACGGUUCUGAAAGUCAUCUGACAACCUUGUAUAAACGGUCCGACGUAAAAUUAAUUGAAUGACAUGUCAAUGUCCUGUUAUUCUCGUAGGGUUUAUUUACUAGUAAAAUAUAUUGUAUGUAAAUAAAAAAGGGGACCCAGAAAUGUAGUUGCCAGCACCCCUCUUCAAUUUGGCUGCACACACCUAUGGUGGGAUUCUAUGAAUAUGUGCUUCACUAUUUGACAGAAUGUAUUUGUAAUUAUAUUGUUUAGUAUGUUGUGUGUGCAUGUGUGGUACUAUAAGGUACAAUGUAUAUAAUGAUUCUAAACAUCAGUCUUUUGUAGAUUUUGGCAUACAAUUUCUAAUUUGUUCAGUAAUGGGUUAUUUUAAAGAUAGUGUAAUUUUUCAUCAUCCAACAUCUAGAUAUUGAUUUAAAGUCUUAUUGGAAAGGCAGCAGACAUAGUAAAUACUGUCGUAUGUUUCAAUAGUGAACAAUGUAACCGAUAAUUCUUUCACUAGCGGACUGGUUUUUUAUUCAGAAUCUUUAUACUGUAUGUAUGUUCAUAAUCUUUGAUGCAUGUUGUAUGCUCUCUGAUAGCUUUUCUUCCUGUAUUUGGUAUUUGAAAAGAGAACACUAUUCUAUAUGCACUCUAAUUUUGUACUUAAAGCAUCUGAACUUAAAACUAUACAAAAUAAGA